AUGAGUCUUAAUUAAUUCAAAUUAUUGUCAGAGAGAAAUCGAAAUGUCCAUUACGAAAAACUUAACAACCUAUUAAGAUUGUAAGGGAUAUUAUAGUUUUAUAUAAAUGAAUCACAAAAAUAAAAUGUUAAUGAUAACAAUGAUUAAUAUCAGUAGUGGUUAAAAUUAAUUAGGGAAGAAUUAUAAAAUAUUGAUUCAAAGGAAAUAAAAUUUUCGUUUUUUGACUUAUCCUAAACAUCACUUUCUUUUAACAAAAAAAAAAUGGAAGAAGCUAAAAAGUUGAUAGAGUUUUAUCAGAAAACAAUUUCCAAGUUAGAAAUAGAUGAGCUCCAAAAUAACUUGGUUCAAUAUUUUUAGAAUUUAUUACAUAAUCUUUAUUCAUGUUAUGAAAAUUAGAUCAAUGAACUUAAAAAAGAAGCUGAUGAAUACAAUUAACACUUGAGGGAUAUAAUGAUUAUAAAGCAGUAAAUUGAGACAUUUACUUAAAUUGAAAAUCUUAAACAAAUCAAAUAAGCUCUUGCUGACCAUUUACUUCAGUACCUAGAAAACUUAAAUUAUAAAAAUUGGAAGCUCAAAUCACAAUUUUGUGUUUCAAAGAAGUCUUUUUUAACUAUAUUAGCAACAGCCCAGCCAGAAAAAUUCAAAAAGUUAAAAGAAAUUAUUGAUCUUGAUGAGUAUCUGCUCAAUAUAAUUUAAAAUUAUCCAAAAAGAUAUAGAUAAAACGCUGAUUUUGAUACAUAAAAUUUAAAUGAAAUAAAAAGUAUAGCAAUUUAAGACGAAGACUUUGCAAAUAAAUUAUCAAAGUAAAAAGGAAUUUUAUAAUUCCUUUUAUAUAAAUAAAGUAUAUUCGAAAAAAUGAUUGAUUCAUAAGAAUAAGAUUUAUAGGUGAUUAUGAAGGAAUUUGGGGAAUUAUUUAUUGAUAAAGCACCUUCUUUACAACUUAUUGAAAAACUGAAGUUUGCUAUGGAAAACUUAAAGGUUGAUGAAUCACUAAAAAUUGUGAAUGAUGAUAAAUUUAUUUUAAGUGAAUUAAGAUUGGAGAAAGAAAAAUAUUAAAAUUUUAUAUCUGAAUUGAGAAAAAUUGAAGAUUACAACAAAUCUCUUAAGGUUUGCGAUUGUAAUAAAUUGAUCAUCCAAACAGAAAGUGUUAUUAAAACUCUAGAAGCCUUUAAAUAACAAGAUAACGAUAUUACGAAAAUGCUAAUUAAUUAAGAACUCAUGAUAUUAAAAACCAUUAUCAAGGAAUAAAGAAAUUUACUUACAUCUAAUUAUGAAAAGAUAAUUUAGGAGAAAGUUGAAUUAGGAGUUAAUGAAAAAGAUUAAAUAAAAUGA